AUGUCUGCCAGAAUAAUUGCACAAAUCGUUGUCUCCUUAGGCACUGUGGUCGGUCGUGCGUUUAUUGCUGCAUAUAAGCAAGCUGCUGCCAACGCUGCACAAGGUGGUGCUGCUGCUGCUCGAGGUGGUGCAAAGGAAGGUGCUGUGGAUGCCUUGACCCGUAAGACCGGUAUGUCUAUGGAAGAAGCCUGUCAAAUCCUCAACAUCACCAAGGAAGCUGAUCUGGAAAAACUUACCAAGAACUAUGAGCAUUUAUUCAAUGUGAACGACACUGCCAAAGGUGGUUCAUUCUAUUUGCAAUCCAAGGUUGUACGAGCAAAGGAGAGAAUCGAAAUGGAGCGAGCAGAAGAAGCAAAGGCCAAAGCUAAACAAGAAGCUGCAUCUUCAGCCGAGAACAACAACAACAACAACAAUCAAUCAUCACAACAAUAA